GCUGCCUUUGACACUGUUGAUCACUCUAUUCUACUAUCAUCUCUUGCUGACCUGGGGAUCUCUGGCACUGCUCUGGCCUGGUUCUCCUCCUACCUCUCCAACCGCACUUACCAGGUCUCCUCCCGUAUCUCUACCUGUCUGUCUGCUAUUUCCUCCUGGAUGCACUCGCAUCACCUCAAACUCAACCUCUCUAAAUCUGACCUCCUUUUCUUUCCCUCCUCCUCCCCCUCCUCUGAUCUCUCUAUCUCUGUUCCUCUGGAAUCUACCACACUCUCUCCCUCUUCCUCCGCUAAGAACCUUGGAGUCACCCUGGACCCCUGCCUCUCUUAUUCCCAGCACAUCUCCACUCUGGCACGCACUUGCCGAUUCUUCCUGAGCAACAUCCGAAGAAUCCGACCCUUCCUCACCAACUAUGCUACCCAGCUCCUGGUCCAGGCCCUGGUACUCUCCCGCCUAGACUACUGCAACUCCCUCCUGGCUGGCCUCCCUGCGUCCGCCACCCGUCCGCUCCAGCUCAUCCAGAACUCUGCUGCCCGCCUGGUGUUCUCUCUGCCUCACUUCGCCCACGCUACUCCACUACUCCGCUCGCUCCACUGGCUCCCGAUCACCGCUCGCAUCCAGUUCAAGACUCUUGUACUAGCCUACAGAUGCCUUGACCAGACUGCACCCAGCUACCUCCAGACCCUCAUCUCUCCCUACACCCCCACUCGACCUCUCCGCUCCGCCUGCACUAGAAGACUAGCUCUACCUCCGCUACGCUCCCCUGCCUCCAGAGCCCGCUCCUUCUCCACCCUUGCUCCGCAGUGGUGGAAUGACCUUCCUACAGAUGUCAGGACUGCCCAGUCCCUGACCACAUUCCGGCGCCUCCUUAAGACUCACCUCUUCAAAGAGCACCUGUAGAACUCCUCUGUUUGUAUCCUGGGACACUAUCACCCUUCAUGUAAAUGUGCUUUAUUUUGCUCUUA